UUCCUCUCUUGUGUUUUCAAUGGAAUUGAGUGUUUGUCACUUGUGCAGCACAUCUAUGGAGUCAGUCUUCCUACAAGUAACGCUGAAGAGCACAGAGCUCCUGCUCUGGAUCAAGCACACCUUCCCUGAGAGGCGGGCUGCGAGACUGCAGAUGUACUAAAGGUUUUGUCACUUCUUUCAGCUGACACCAGGCAAAGACCAUGAAUCUCUCCAUUCUUUUGAAAUGACACCUCUCUGUGUUGACACUCCUUUAGUGACUGCUGUGGACCUGAGAGGCUUUUUCCCCGUGGGACUCUUUGGUGGCUACUCAUCACACAACAUCUCAGAACUCAGAACAUUUCCCUGAUCAUUGAAGUUCAGAGUAAAGCAGUUAUUAAGACUGAAGAUGCUAAAAGUUUUAGGUUUUGUCCUGUGUGGUCUGCUGAUGUCAUUGCAAAGUUCAAAUGCAGAAAGCACCAUCAUCUCUCAAGAAGCAUAUGAGAAGGCUUGUGAAGAUUCAACAAAUAGCCUUUUUGAGUCUGAAAUGAGCAAAUUCACAUUCCCAGAAUUAAAAGUGGAUUCAAUAGCUAUCAAAGGGUUGUAUGUCAUGAAUGUUACAAUUCUUCCAAUAAAGGCCAAAUGCGUCCCUGGAGUUGGGGUCAAGCUAUAUUUUUCUGCUCUUCUGAGUAUCUUUGGUACUUGUGGAAAUGUCCUUGUGCCUGGUGUGGUUACUGUCGCUGCAAGGUUAAACUGCAGCGCACUGGUUCUGCUGGAAGACUACUCACCAGACGACAGCUCUGUCAGUGUCAGGGACUAUACAUGUGAUGCAAGUCUGAUAGAUGUCAAAAUAAGCUUGAGCAAUGUUGACGUAAAUGUGGAAGCCACAUUAAGAAACAACAUCCUGUUUGAGUUAAAAAACAAGACUCCUAAAAUACUAUCCAGUUGCUUUUCCGUUGGGCACAGGAAGUUGCUGUAUCGUAUAAAUUCUGUAAUUGCAUUUGAGACAGGGAAAAUCAUAUAUGUGCCCAAGCCCCUCAAAGUACAUAACUACUCCAUUGAAGUACCUCUGCAGACUCAAUAUGAGACCAGUGAUGGGAAGAGAAUUCCCGUUCCAUCUCUGCCAGUCAGCCCUGAGGUGAUGCUGGCAGCAAAUGGCACAACUGAAACCAUUGGGGAGAACACAUUUACCACUAUCCUCUCCCGGAUAGUCUUUGAGAAACCCAAGACCAUCCCUUGCACUCCUGAAACAUUCCCAGAGACUCGUGCUCUUGAGGUGGCCCUCAAUGAUACAAUUGUGUCUAAGUGCCCAGCGUGCUCAUCGUCCCCUUUCUCACUUGUCGUCAUUGUUGAAGUGGUCACACCUUUGAAGGUCCAGCUGGAUGUGAACUUGUGCACCAUGAACAUUUCUCUUAAUCUGGAGAUAAUGAGUAAAAAAGGAAAUGAGAGCUUGUUGGUUCUUGCUGUUCUGGAGGCUAAACUUGGUUUGGCAGCCACCCUUCAUGUUGCUGAAGGGCAAGUGCAGUUCAGCGUGGCCCUUGACAGCCUGACUCUGUCGCUGGUUUCCUCAGUCAACGGCACCACUGAUAUUAAACUUCUUCAGGAACCCUUGAGAGCUUUUGUUCAAGAAGUUAUAAUAAAUGAAAUCAAUUCAUAUCUCAAAAUUGGAAAAAUCCCUAUACUUAGAAUCCCAGGACUGACGUACACAGCUGUCAACUGCCAUCCUGCACAGCGCUGUAUUGUGUGCCAUAACUACCACAAGAAAAAGAAAAACUGACGUACAGGAUGAGUUGCUUGCUGCUGCAUCUCUUACACUGAACAGUAAAGACAGAGACCUUCAUGAGUGAAGAUAUUUUAAUUCACGUAAUUCUUUAUUCUAAAAAUUUGAUUACUUUUUUUAAUGGGGGGAGAACUCCUACAUCUGCUUUAGAAUUACAGUUAGAAAUACAGUUAAGAGGAUCCAGACAGUCUCCUUGUUAAAAAUACAUUCUACUAGAAGUGCUGUUUUCCAGAAUCAAUGAUGUGUUUGGUUAUAUGCCUCAAGGGAAAGUUUGGGACAUUGGUUACUGUUCUUGCUUUCUUUUGGCUGCUCUAAAUAAAUGGCUGUACU